GGAGGUAACAAUGCAGCGCUGAUUCGGGCCGAUUAGACUGCCAGUGCAGCCCACAGGAGGUGGAAGAACACAUGUUUGAAGAUUCGGUGUGCCAGUCGUGCCACAUGCCGCCUGCGUCAGUCAUCUGUGGCUGGUGUUAAGGUGUUUAGGUUCGGAUCCGCCGCCGCAGCUGCAGAGCUCCGCACAGACGCUCCGCUCCGGACUGGACAUUGGAUUAAAGGCAUUCUAGAUGGCCCAUAGUCCAUCAUGCAGAAGCUGGCCCGAGGGCACACCAUAGACCCUAUUAUGGCUUCAUACUGAACAGAAGAAUGGCUUUGGGAAACAGAGUGCCUCAUAGGAAAAUAUACACAAGCCAUGUCCUCAGCUGGCAUUUCAGCAAGGGAAACUCUGUUCUUGCCACUGUUCAAGGCCUCUUCUGUACCCUGGGAUAGUUCUGGAGUACGCUUACAUAACACAGAGUAAAACAGCGUUAUGAUUGGACUGUAUGCUCUUGAAAAUGAAGUUUCCGUUUUUUUAAAACCUCAAUGAAGUUGGUGACCUGCAUUUCUUUUUUUAAAAGAUAUUAAGUAAGGGAUGAUCUGUUGUAUGUUGACCUGUGCUUACACAAUGCAGGCGAGAUUGCAUUAUGGCUGCUGAAUCCCCCCAAGAACUUCAUUUACCUGUUUGGUGUGGUGGAGAGUGACAUUUGGACGAUGCAGCGAAACGGAGGUGUUGUGGGGAACGGCAGCCAGUCAUGGGUGCUUCGGCGGGUACGACUGACCUGGCUCAGUUUCAUGCUCUUCUUCAUCUUGGUCUUCUUCCCACUCAUUGCACAUUACUACCUCACCACGAUUGAUGAGACAAGUGGGCCGGACAAACGCAUCUUCGGCCCGAGGCCUGGUGGCGAACUUUGUGAAGCGAAGCAUGUACAGGACCUGUGUCGAAUACGGGAAUCGGUGAGCGAAGAGCUGCUUCAGCUGGAAGCCAAGCGGCAGGAACUCAACGGCGAGAUUGCCCGUCUCAACCUGCGUAUCGAAGCCUGUAAGCGUAGUAUUGACAGUGCCAAACAGGACUUGCUACAACUCAAAAAUGUCAUCAGCCAGACAGAACACUCUUAUAAGGAACUCAUGGCACAGAACCAGCCCAAAUUAUCUUUGCCAGUCAGAUUGUUACCAGACAAAGACGAUCCAGGACUGCCACCUCCAAGGUCUGUACAGUCCUGUCGCUUGCAUACUUGCUUUGAUUACGCCAGGUGUCCCCUUACGUCUGGGUUCCCAGUCUAUGUGUAUGACACAGGGUCAUAUCCUUGGGGUGAGAAUAUUGACCCAUUGGUCAAACAAGCCUUUGCAUCAUCUGUUAAGAGCAGUGUCUAUGUUACAGAUAAUCCGAGUAUCGCAUGUCUAUAUGUGGUGCUUGUUGGAGAGGUACAUGAUUCCUCACCCCCUCCUCCCUUGGACCUGGAAAAGCAACUAAAGGCUUUGCCAUACUGGAGGUCAGAUGGCCAUAAUCACCUGCUGGUCCACCUGUCCAGAAAAUCCUUGACUCAGAAUUUCUUGUACAAUGUAAGCACAGGCCGAGCAGCUAUAGCACAGUCUACCUUUUUGGAACGACAGUACAGGGAAGGUUUCGACCUGGUGGUGUCUCCCCUUGUCCAUGCUCUAUCUGAGCCUAACUUUCUGGAGGUGCCUCCUCAGGUCCCGGUGAAGAGGAAGUAUCUCUUCACCUUCCAGGGUGAAAAAGUGGAGUCUCUGAGGAGCAGUUUGCUGGAAGCACCACCACAGUCCUUUGAGGAAGAAAUGGAGGGAGAUCCACCAGCCGAUUAUGAUGAUCGCAUCAUUGGCACCCUUAAAGCUGUGCAAGAUAGUCAUCUAGACCAAGUACUUGUGGAAUUCACCUGCAAGAACCGGCCAAAACCAAGCCUGCCAACUGAAUGGGCCCUGUGUGGGGAGCGGGAAGAUCGUUUAGAGGUACUAAAGGCAUCUACAUUUGCCUUGGUGAUUUCUCCAGGUGAUGGACAACUUGUGGCAUCUGCUGGAUGUAACAUGCGCCUGUUUGAGGCCCUGGAGGUUGGGGCAAUCCCUGUGGUGCUUGGGGACCACUCAAAGUUGCCUUAUCACCAGCUCAUACGUUGGAAUGAAGCAGCUAUCAUGGUACCCAAGCCUCGCAUAACAGAGUUGCACUUUCUUUUAAGAAGCCUCUCUGACAAUGACUUACUAGCCAUGCGACGGCAGGGUCGAUUCCUUUGGGAGACAUAUUUUUCCACUUCAGAGAGUAUUUUCAACACCAUUCUUGCUAGUGUCCGAACUAGCAUUCAGAUACCAGCAGCCCCCAUAAAAGAGGAACCUGCCCAGGAGAUUCCACACAAAGCUGGGAAGAUGGCAGGAACGGAUGCCAAUAUGGCUGACAAUGGUGAUCUGGAUCUUGGUCCAGUAGAAACAGAGCCUCCUUAUGCUUCACCCAGAUUUUUGCGAAAUUUCACAUAUACUGUGUCGGAUGUCUACCGAACCUGGAAUCAUGCUCCCGGACCUUUCCAUCUCUUCCCCCACACUCCUUUGGACCCAGUUCUUCCUUCCGAGGCAAAGUUCCUAGGCUCAGGAACCGGCUUCCGCCCAAUUGGUGGAGGUUCUGGAGGCUCUGGAAAGGAGUUUCAGGCUGCACUUGGAGGUAACGUCCCACGAGAGCAGUUUACAGUGGUCAUGCUGACAUAUGAGCGAGAGGAGGUGCUCAUGAACUCCCUGGAGAGGCUGAAUGGCCUUCCCUAUCUCAACAAGGUGGUAGUAGUCUGGAAUUCCCCCAAACCACCCUCAGAUGACCUCCUCUGGCCAGACAUCGGGCUGCCCAUUGUGGUGGUGCGGACAGAGAAGAACAGCUUGAACAAUCGUUUUCUUCCCUGGGACGCAGUGGAAACGGAAGCCAUCCUGUCCAUCGAUGACGACGCCCAUCUUCGACAUGACGAAAUCAUGUUUGGCUUCAGGGUGUGGCGUGAGGCCCGGGAUCGUAUCGUGGGUUUUCCAGGGAGGUUUCAUGCCUGGGACGUAAACCACCAGUCCUGGCUCUACAACUCCAACUACUCCUGUGAACUCUCCAUGGUGCUGACAGGCGCCGCCUUCUUCCACAAGUACUACGCAUACCUGUAUUCAUAUGUGAUGCCCCAGGCCAUUCGAGACAUGGUGGACGAGUAUGUUAACUGUGAGGACAUUGCCAUGAACUUCCUGGUGUCACAUAUCACACGCAAACCCCCUAUUAAGGUGACGUCUCGCUGGACCUUCCGCUGUCCCGGCUGCCCGCAGGCCCUCUCGCACGACGACUCGCACUUCCACGAGCGCCACAAGUGCAUCAACUUCUUUGUGAAGGUGUAUGGUUACAUGCCGCUGCUCUACACGCAGUUCCGUGUGGACUCAGUCCUGUUUAAGACACGACUUCCACACGACAAGACUAAGUGCUUCAAGUUCAUUUAGCAGCGCAGCACAAACAGGGAGAGAGUGGGCUGGGACUGAAAGCAUAAACCUGGGCAGCUCUGUGGGCAGCUCGUAGCCAGCAGGACAUUUCAUUACAGACUGGAGAUUUUUACCUGAAACUUGACGGGCUUCAAGCUGAGGGAGACCUGCUGAACUCUUACUAUUAAAAAAAAAAAAGGCUUUUAUUUUAGUUUAAUCGUGUGUGUGUGUGACCCAUCAGCAACCACUACUGGUCUCAUUUGCACCACUUUCUGACAGUCUCUGGAAAAACGUAAACUAAACGGUGUGGGAGAAGAGGACACUUUAACCGAUCUCAAACGGAACAUUUGAGCUUUAGAACUGACAGACUGGCUGGACAUACAGUCAAGGAAAAAAAAAACUCUGGGCAGAUGGUCACCGCUCC